ACCAAAAAUAGCGAGAAAGGAUAGAGAGAGAAAGGAGCAUGGGUAAGGUAGGCGGAGGAGGAGGCGGAGGUGGAGCAACGACGGCGAAGAAGAAGAAGAAAGGCCGUCCUUCUCUUUUAGAUCUCCAGAAACGGGCUAUAGAACAACAGAAAUUGCAAAAUCAAGAACAAUUACAACAGCGGAGAUCCAAUCGCCGGAACCCUAACUCGACUGCCAGCGACGUCGGUGAAGAAGAGUACUACGAUGACGAUGAUGAUGAGAGGAAAGAGAAGAAAGUCAAGCUCGUUGUUCGUUUGCCCCAAUCGGAUCAGCAACAACAACAACAACAUUUCUCGUCUGAUUUAAUUAGAUCUUCCUCUCUUAAUUCGGCAUCUUGUGGCUCUGAUUCGAAUGCUGAUGUUGAUAUUCGCAAAAUUAAAUCCGGAUCUGGUGGUGUUCUCACUGAUCAUCAGGGUGAAAAGGUUUUGAAAGCGAUGGACACUCUUCAUGGGUCACCAUUAGAGUCUGGACCCACAACACCUUUGCCAGACAAAAAGUUGUUGGUGUUCAUUCUUGAUAGGCUUCAAAAGAAGGACACUCAUGCAGUCUUCUCUGAUCCUGUUGACCCUAAUGAGCUUCCAGAUUACCAUGAAAUUAUCAAGCAACCUAUGGAUUUUGGCACUGUUAGGAGAAAACUUGAUGAGGGUCUUUAUUCAAAUUUGGAAGAAUUGGAGAUGUCUAUUUGA